AUGGACCCGAUCGCAAACCUUGUUCUUGGAUUAACUUUGUUGAUAACAUUUAUUUGGCUGAGGAAUAGUCAACGAUUGAAAUUGACGGAACCGCCACUUGUACCUUAUAAAUAUCCAAUUAUUGGACAUACAAUUGAAUUUUAUACAGAAAACGAAACUCUUAUUAAAAAAUGUCGUGAAGAGUAUGGAGAAAUAUUUUCAUUAUACGUGUUUGGUAGAGUAAUAACUAUCGUAGGUAAAGAGCUUUGUCCUGAAAUUUUCAAGAAUCAUGAAACGUUCGAUUUUGGAGAUGCGCACAGAGAUAUCUUUCCUAUAGAUGACUUUUUGUAUCGGCCACGAAAGUUUUUUCGAAAUGUAUCUGCAUCGACUCAGAUAAAAGUUUCAAAGGAAUUCAACUUAUAUACCGAACGAAUUCAAAGACAAUUAAUUAAAACUAUCGAUGAAUUAAUCGGUGAUGGAAAAGUAUUACAAUCUCCCUUAAAAUUCUUUCAAUAUACUAUUGCAAGACCAAUGGUCGCGGCAAUGGUUGGUGAGGAAUUGUGCGAUGAUGAAGAAUUGAUAAAUUCAUUUGCCUGCGCUACAAGCGAUCUCAUGACAUAUUUGUCAAUUCCACCUUUCCUAAAUUUUAUUCAUCCGGUAAUACAUAAGAAUUUCAUCAUAUGCGGUACUGGAGCGACAGCGCGUGAUGCAAGAAAAACGCGGAAAGCCAGACUUUCUAACAAAUUUCACAGAGAAGUAAUUAAACGAAAGGUUGCUCCUAUAAUUGAGAAAAGAAUGAAUUAUAUGAAAAAACUAGGAGAUGCUUGUGCUCCUCAGGUUGAUAUGUUACAACAUUUCAUUAACGCUUUUCGCAAGGGUUACACGGUUGAUGUUGAUGUUGUAACAGAUUUUCUUAUUGUUAAUAUAUUUGCUUCUGUACAUAAUAUGUCCACGUUUCUAACUUUCGGUGUACAAGAAUUUGCAAAUCAUCUACAAUUUCAAAAAGAGUUGUUGGAUGAACAAGAGAAAUUAUAUGAUGGAAGUACUUAUAAUCUUGAUCAAAUCAAUAAAAUGAAAAAAUUGGAUAGUUUUAUUAGAGAAACUUUAAGGAUGAACAUUCAUAUUGUUACAUUAGAACAUAAAACUCUUUCAUCUCAUUACACCUUUUCCAAUGGAUAUCAAGUUCCCGAAGGUCGAAUAGUUUAUAUUCACGCGCAAGGAAUACAUUAUGAUGAAGAAUUACAAGGUCAAAAUCCACAUGAAUUCAAUCCUUUCAGGCAUUUUGAGAGAAAUUUACCUGCAGCAAGAAUAGAUAAGAGUCUCAUUACAUUUGGAUUGGGUAAACAUGCGUGCCCGGGGCGAUGUUUUGCUAUUAAUGGGAUAAAAUUGGCUUUACAUUUCUUAUUAUUAAAAUAUAACAUUAGAACUAUUAAUGAUGAAAAGGUUAUGGCUAAAAUUGUGGGACCUUACAAAGUUCCUAAUAGUGAUAAAAGAUUAAUAUUUGAAAAGAAAAAUUUGAAAAAAAUGGCUUUGCCUUGA